AUGACUGGUCAAAUUUCACAGAAAGAAUUAACAGUUCCUAAUUGCAAUCAUAUGGAGACUGCUAACGCUGUUUGUACUCACCUUAGCAGCAUAGGUAAAAAUCUUAAAUCACUAGACAGACUAUCCGUACCGGUGUUUUUGCCUGCGGCUGAACCCCGAUACAUUCAACCAUGGGAUGUCGUCAGAAUCAUCAAUAAACUGAAUACUAGGAAGGCUGGUGGUCCAGACAUGAUUUCUGCUCGAUUCAUUAAAACAUUCUCAUAUGAAUUGGCCGAACCUCUAUCAUGUAUUAUUAAUGCGUCUUACCGUGCGCUUGAGGUGCCCAGUGAAUGGAAACUUGCCCAUGUAGUUACCAUCACUAAGGAUCCGAAGCUUCCAGCUACACUUGAUAAUAUACGACCUAUUGCACUUACCGACCUUUUUGCAAAAAAUGCGGAACAUUUUGUGGCAAGAGAUACAUUGAAAGAAAUGAAUACCAUGCUUGACCCGAUGCAGUUUGGGAAUCAGCGAAAAGUGUCUAUAUCUCAUUGCUUAAUUAGUCUUAUGGACUCGCUAUAUCGGCAUGCUGAAAUUCCUUCCACUGUGUCUUCCAUUUUGUUCACUGAUUUUUCAAAAGCCUUCGACUUAGUUGAUCAUACGAUUGCGGUUUUCAGACUAAUAAAUAUGAACGUUUCACCUACCAAUGUUGCUUGGAUUGCUGACUUUCUCAGCAACAGACAUUAUCAAGUCAAGUACAGGGGUCACUUAUCUGAUAGUUGUAUUGUCAAGGGACCAAAAUUGGCCCCGUCGUUUUUUGUGCAAUGA